GUGCAUUUUUUAGGUAGAAAGCCAUACUGAUGAGCUGUGAGGAUGUUAUGCUUGAAAAGAAAGGGCAAAAGACAGUUUUUCAUUAGCCGUUCUACUAUCUUCGAUAAGGUAGGCAAUAACGCGAUAGGUCUAUAGUUACAGGUUUUGGUUUUGUCGCCACCUUUAUGAAGAGUUUGAUUAGCGUGGAGAUUGACACAGAAAUAGAUCCAACAAUUGUGAAACCUACAGAGUUUACAACAGGACAUGAAAUAGGAGAAACAGCAUUAAAAACGAAGAAACAAAUAACCAGAUCCGAGGCUAAAAUAAUUCUAAUAGAUGGUAAGACCGUUGCCCGUUUUAAAAAAGUGCUCUAAUAUUAAAACAGGAAGGGAUAAGGGAAAAUCUAGAGUUUUUAACGAUUUGCCAGAAAUGCAAAAAAUAGUAGAAAGAGCUAUAAAAAGAAAAGAAAAAGAAUUAAAAAAUGCUAAAAGGGAUAAUGAAAAAAGGGAUGUUUUUCAGAAAGCCUGUGGUAAAAGACAACAAGAUGUAUUAGAAUGUAACAGCCGAACAGAAAAGGAAAAUCAGCAACUGCCACAAAAAAAAAGAGAAGCAUUAAAAAAAUUAAAGAGUCUGAUGAAGAGAGCGAUGUCGACUCUCUUUUGUCAUUUCAUUCUGACAGUAGCAUGGGAUCAAAUUCUCUUGGAGAAUUAACGGACGAUCAACUCGUACCAAAAGAAGAUUUGUACUAGUUCAAUUUCCAACGAAAUCAUCUGUUGUUUAUUAUGUUUUCCAGAAUUCAGAAAGUUGUGGAUACUGACGAAUAACAAAUUAAUUUUUUAAGAAAAAAAAUUCAAUUCAAAUAAAUUCUUGUAUCCUGAAGUGCUCGAUAUCGGCAAUGUCAACUGAAUGGUUUGUAUUGCUGUUUUACCCAAACCAAUCCUUGUAAACAAAUACUACGAGUUUGAUGUCAAUUUGGAUAGUUAUAAUUUAAAAUAAUUGUGUUUAUGUUACCAUCUGAAAUACUUUUUAUUAGAAUACGCAAAUAUUUGUGUUAAACCAAUUUUUUUAAAUAAAAAUAAUUUCUUUCAAAUUGUAUAAUGUGUCAGAGCUGCCCCACUCAAUAUUUUACAAAGUCAAAUCUACCCCACUUGGGGGCACAUUUGUCGAAAUACACCCUAUCGCCUAAUUCAGUAUAAUCUUGUUUAUUAUUCUUAAAUUCUUAAUUCUUUUAACUGUCUAUUCCAAAAUUUUUAAGAAAAAAAAACAAAAAUUGUCAUUUUUGGUGGAUAGAGAAUUUUUCAUGUCAAAUCUGCCCCGUCUUCCCCUACAUGUUUUAAAAUUAAAUAUUUUUUUAGAAUCAGAGGUAGAGUCUGCACUGACAUCUUAAUUUGUAUCCAGCUAUUAGGAUUGGACUUGCCAAAGUGUGGAUAGUGUUAGUAACUAAUCACAAGAAUCCAUUCUAAAAGUUUCCAGUAAAAUUUUUCUCAACGGAACUUUGUUUAUGAUAUAAGUAUGUGAAGUCAAAUUUGCCAUGUUGAUAAUCAAAAUCUCUUGAACGUCGUCUGGCUAGAAAUAGCACUUGAAAUUUCCGUUUAGGAAUCUCGACAGUCAAUGUCGUUGAUAGUAAGGAUACAUGUCCGGUAAAAGUGGAGGAAUGGGUUCGACUCCCGCCGAUGACAAGUUGUG